AUGUGGCGGGACCGCACCAAUCUCUACAUCUCCUACCGGCAGUCGUACGCGCAUCAUCCCAAACAGCCGAGUCAGCCCAGAGUGGGGCCUGGCGUCUUCUCCGACGCCUACUCGAGCAGCAGCUAUGGACACGACGAUCGGCGCGGGCUGCUCUCGAGCGGCGCCUUCGAAGACGACGGCGAUGCUGUCAUCGAGAUGGACCUGCUCCCCCCACGCUGGGCCGACAUCUCAGACGAGAUCACAGAGCUGCUUGCCGACAUUGCGACCAAGGGCCAGCGGCUAGAAAAGCUGCAUCAGAAACACGUCUUGCCCGGGUUCAACGAUGACGAGGCCAAGAAGGCCGAAGAGGCGCAAAUCGAGAAGCUCACCCAGGAAAUCACGCGAGGCUUUCACGACUGCCAUCGGUGCAUCCAGCGCAUCGAGCAGACGGUUCGCGAGUCUAAGGAGUCGGGCGGCCUUGCCCGCGCCGAGGAGAUCAUGGCCAAGAACAUACAGAUAUCACUGGCAACCAGAGUCCAGGAUGCUAGCGCGAGCUUUCGCAAGAAGCAGAGCGCAUACCUCAAGAAGCUUCGCGAUAUGGGUGGCUUGGCAACCUCCAGCCCGGCCGAGCGCUCAUCCACGCCGCAGCCCGGCUCCUACUUCUCCCCUUCCCUGCAAGAAUCCGACGCCGACCGACUGUACUCACAGUCGACGCUACAGGCGGCGUCGCAAAAAAAGAUGCUGCACUCCAACGACGCGGCCAUUGCGCAACGAGAGCGCGAGAUUGAGGAUAUCGCCCAGGGCAUCAUUGGGCUAUCAGAUCUCUUCCGGGAUCUGCAGACAAUGGUCAUUGACCAAGGCACCAUGCUGGACAGGAUUGACUACAACGUGGAACGAAUGAAUGAGGACGUCAAAAGCGCCGACAAGGAGCUCAAGGUUGCGUCGGGAUACCAGAGGAAAACGACCAAGAGAAAGAUUAUUCUCCUGCUCAUCCUCCUCGUUGCGGGCCUGUUCAUCCUUCUCUUGAUCAAGCCAAAAAAGCACGACUCAUGA